AUGGAAAAGAGCGAAUAUCCUGUUUCCAUCCCAGACGAAGACUACAUAUCGUGUCCCUUCCAAAAGACGCUUGAAAGUUAUUUCGCGGGAGACGCGAUGGACCAGGUCCCAGAGGACAAUGCUGUUGAACAUACCAGCAUGGACGAGAGUGGGAUGCCAUUUCCCGAGCCAACCGACUCCAACUAUCACAAGACCGAUCCCAACGGCGAUAUAAUACUGGUCCUUAACAUGAUCUGCCCAGAUACGAAUGAACCGACGAAAAUGAAGCUUCAAGUCUCAUCAUCGUUCCUCGCAUCGGGAUCUCUUGUCUUUCAAACCAUGUUCACAGGGGGCUUUGAGGAGGCGCACCGCCUGCGAGAGAAUGUAACCUCUGGAAUCAAAACGGAGAUCUAUCUUCCAGAAGACAACGCAGAAGCCAUGAAGGAGCUCUGCGAGAUCAUACACCACCGAGAAACCAAGUCCGAUUCCGUCGUGUCGCGCAGUCUCGACUCAGUUUGGGAGACGAUCAUACUCGCCCAGAAGUACGACUGUCUUCGCCUGGUCGUCGAUAGAUUCGAUUGUUACCUUUAUCGAACGCAGAAGUGGAUUAAUUCCACUGAUAUGGAAGCGACAGUAAAGAUUCUGGUGAUGAGCUCUCUUCUCGGAAAUAACAUCGCAUUCCGUGGAGCGAGCGAGGUCAUUAUCGAGAAUUCGACUUGGUCACUGACUUGGAUCAGAAGGUUUGCUCAGAGGGUGGGGGCGCCGUUGAAUAUUGAUCGGCUUUGUGAUGAAAUCGAAAAGAUCCGCGAGGAGCACCUAUCGAAAAUCUAUCAAGGAAUACAAGAUAUUGGAACAUACAUUUUGAAACAAGGUCAUAUUCCCGCCUCUCAAGAAGAAUCUACCAGACUGAGCACCACGGAAUGUCGAGCAGCAAGAUGGCUAGCUCUCGGGGAGACCAUGGAUGCCGUCGGAAUGUCUCCGUAUGAGAGAAAUGGAAACAUAAAGGACAUUCUACGGAAGAUCAAGAAAUGCGGAAGUAUGAAGAUUGGGGGUUGCAUUGGACGCAAAUGCAAGUGCAAGGCUCCCGAUUUGGGUUCCAGAAUGGUCAGAAUGGUUAACUCCAUCCAUAUCAAGGGCCUGGAACUAUCAGACUUCAAAACUGAACAGAUAGACAAGGAACCUGCCAGUUCAGUUUUGAGGAUAAGGAUGGAUUGA